GAGGAGCAGAGGAGAAACUUUGGUGCUGAAUUAAUUAGUUUUCUGAGAGGCAAACAAAGGGAUGGAAAGCUGUCUGGCACUUAUUUUUUUGUCUUCAGUGGUUACACUUAUCACUGCUAACAGUGUGAGUGUGAGGCUGGUGAAUGGUGACAGUCGCUGUGCUGGUCGAGUGGAGGUUCUUCAUGAGGGUCAGUGGGGAACAGUGUGUGAUUGUUACUGGGGUUUGACUGAUGCUGCAGUGGUGUGUAGAGAGCUGAGCUGUGGAGAGGCUUUAGAAGCACCAGUAUGGUCUUACUUUGGACCUGGAUCAGGAAAAAUCUGGAUGGAUGGAGUGCGGUGUAAAGGAUCAGAGUCUACACUGAAGGACUGUGGAUCAAAAGGAUGGGGUAAACAUAAUAGCUUCUGUGCUGGUCAUAGUUGUGAUGCUGGAGUCAGAUGUUCAGAAACCAUAAAGUAUGGACGAUUUACAAGACUUGCUGAGGGACCUCACCUGUGCUCUGGGAGGUUAGAGGUGCUUUAUGGGAACACAUGGUACACAGUGUGUGCCACUGCCUUUGACCAGCAGGAUGCAGAGGUUGUGUGUAGAGAGCUGGACUGUGGGGCUCCUGUACAGGUGCUGGGAGCAGCUGCUUUUGGUAAAGGAGACACUCAGAUGUGGACACAAGAGAUUCAGUGUAGAGGAGACGAAUCACACAUUCGACGCUGUCCAUCAUCAAACUCACAUAAAAUAAACUGCACCCAUGAAAAUGAUGUCAGACUGAUAUGUUCUGGUUACACUGAUCUCAGACUGACAAACAGUUCAGACUCUUGUUCUGGUCGAGUUGAACAUCAGUACUUCAGUAAAUGGGGCACAGUGUGUGAUGCAUGCUGGGAUAUGAGAGCUGCCAGUGUCCUCUGUAGACAGCUGAAUUGUGGGAUUGCUGUGUCUGUUGUGGGAUCAGACUGGUUUGGAGAAGGAAAUGGUGAAGUCUGGGCCGAUGUGUUUGAUUGUGACGGGAAUGAAACAAAACUCUCAGAAUGUUCCAUCUCUUCAUGGAGUCGAGCUGAAUGUUCUCAUAGACGAGAUGUUGGAGUCAUCUGCUCUAAUUCCUCUCUGGCUCUUCAUGAUGGUCUGGUGCGGUUGUCUGGAGAGAGACAGUGUGACGGGGAGGUGGAAGUUUUCUUCCAUCAGGUCUGGAGGAGAGUUCUGCUGGACUCCUGGAGUCUCACUGAAUCCUCUGUGGUCUGCAGACAGCUGGGCUGUGGCUCUGUGCUGAACUUCUCCGGCUCCUCUUCAUCCAGUCCUGAACACAGUCAUGAGUGUGUGACGGGCUUCCAGUGCUCUGGGAGUGAAGCUCAUCUGGGGAACUGCAGCUCUCCACAAACUCUCAACUGCAGCUCCACACAACAGCUGUCAAUCACCUGCAUCGGUCGGGGGUCCAUCAGGCUGGUGGGUUCUGGGGGAGACUGUGCAGGGAGGCUGGAGGUUUUUCACAAUGGCUCAUGGGGGACAGUGUGUGAUGACUCCUGGGAUAUUAAAGAUGCUCAUGUGGUGUGCAGACAGCUGCAGUGUGGAGUGGCCCUCAGUAACCAGCAGGUACCAGCCUGGUUUGGUCCUGGUUCUGGACCCAUAUGGCUGGAUGAGGUGAAGUGUGAGGGGAAUGAGACGUCCCUGUGGAGCUGCUCUUCUCCAGGCUGGGGAAAACAUGACUGUCAACACUUGGAGGAUGUAGGAGUUGUGUGCUCAGAGUUUAAAGAGAUCAGGUUAACUGAGGGCUGUGAAGGGAAUGUGGAGGUUUUCUACAAUGGAUCCUGGGGUAAUGUGUGCUGGAACCAGAUGGAUGGAGACACAGCGAGUCUGAUCUGUCAGGAGCUGAACUGUGGAAGAUCUGGUGUUUUGUCUGCUUCUACAGCAAGAGUGAAAUCAGCUCCUAACUGGCUGGAUAAAGUUACAUGUCGACCACAUGAUUCCACUUUAUGGCAGUGUCCAUCUUCACCCUGGGGACAGAAUGACUGUGGUGAAGAUGAAGUGGCUAAGAUCACCUGCUCAGAGGAGGAAACUCGUGAGUCGUCUCAGAGUCGUCUGACAUGUUUUACCUCACCAUCUCCUUACCAGAGACAGUGUGCAAAUCAUGUUCCUCUCAGACUGCGUGGAGAGGAGGGCCGGUGCUCUGGGAGGCUGGAGGUGUAUCAUAAUGCUGUGUGGGGCUCAGUCUGUGAUGAUCAGUGGGAUAUCAGCGAUGCUCAGGUGGUCUGCAGGCAGCUGGGUUGUGGAGCAGCACUGAGGGCUGAUGGGAAUUCAACCUUUGGUGCUGGUGAAGGUGUUGUGUGGAUGAACAAAGUCGAGUGCAGAGGGAAUGAGAUUCACCUGUGGGACUGUCCUCACUCCCUGAAUAACCACACUGACUGCUUGUGCAAAGAAACUUAUUUAUCAGAUGUGUCAGUGUCCACUACUCCUGCCACAAACAUCAUCAGCUUCUCCUCCAGUUUCUCCUCCACUCUCUCUAAGAGGAGACACAGGAUGAUGUCUGAGGCCGUUUAUGAGGAGAUUCAGCAUAGACACAAUCACUUCACUCAGAGGGGGAGUCUCAUCUCUGAAGAACUGCAUUCUGGGUAUGAAGAUGCUGAUGAGCUUCUCUCAGCAAAAGAGUUCAAUACUGCAUAUUAUGAUGAUGUCACUAAUGGCAGUGGCCUAAAAGAAGAGAUGGUGAAGGAAAUCACACCAGGAUACUAUGAUGAUGUCAUCACUGAUGGACUGAAACCAAAUCGUGAGACAGAAGACACACCUGAGAGUUAUGAUGAUGUCAUGACGAGCGGACACAACUCUGAUAUCAAAAAAGUGGACGCACCAGAGAAUUAUGAUGAUGUCAUCAUUAAUAGACCGAGCUCUCGUGGGGUAACAGAGGGAGUUCAGGAGGAGUAUGAUGAUGUGAUGAGUGUCAGUGAAGAUGUGAGAAACCUGUUGGAUUAUGAUGAUGUGGAGGAGGAGUCAAACAAAGAAGAUUUGUCCCAAUGAUCACCCACUGCCUCAGUUCAACAAAUUUGAAACAAAGUUUGAGUGAUAUUGUUAUUGAUAUGUCAAAUCUUGGGGUUUUACGUUUCACCAAGUGUUCCUUUUUUGUAUUAAAACUUCUAUGCCUUUUUGAGAUUUGUUUUGUAUUUUGGCCUUGCUAAUAGCAAUAAAAAACUUUUCAGAC